AUGGGAGUCAACGACGGACCAAUCCCAGCUGAGUUAGUGAAGUUGAUCAAAAAGAGAGAUUCUGCAAAGAAGUCCAUGGAUUCAAUUAAAGCAUUUGUCGACAAGUAUGAUCCUGCUACAAAAUCACUGAAUCAACUUCAAACUAGAUUAGACAACCUAAUGCAAUACAUGUCUAAAUAUGAGUCGAUUCAAGAUGAUAUUGAGGACCAUGAAGCAGUUACCACUGAAAUGCUAGAUGACAGAGUCAGUGUUGAUGAUUUCUUCUGUUCACUUAAGGCUGACGUUCUAGACUUAGUCGAGCGCCAUACCAAGGCACCAUCCAAUAGUUCAAGUGCAACAUCACAACCAAUUAUUCGUGACUCAAUGAAACUGCCGUCCAUUCCACCUCCUAGAUUCGAUGGAGAUUUGCAAAACUGGACAUCAUUCCUUGACGAUUUCAAUGCCAGGUUCCACCUCAAUCAAGGAUUGUCUGAUGUACAGCGUUUGCAGUUCUUAAAAUCCUGUUUGUCUGGUCCUGCAGCAGAGGUGGUGCGUACCAUUCCAACAACCGAUGCUAACUAUCGUAUAGCUUAUAAUGUUCUUGUAGAGAGAUAUGAAAACAAAUCUCUUAUUAUUCAGUCUCAUAUACGGUCAUUGUUUCAAACACCGCAAGUGCACAAACCUGCUGCCAGUGAAUUAAGACAGUUGCAUCACCAUGUUGUAUCUCAAGUGAACGCACUGAAGGCACUUGGACAACCAGUUGAUGAAUGGGAUGCAUGGCUAGUGACAUUAUUGUGCUGUAGACUAGAUCCAACCACCGUAGGAGAAUGGCAACUAUUACAAUCAUCUAAGGAUCUACCUAAAUUUACUGAUCUGGAAAAAUUCUUAGCCAACCGUGUGUCUGCAUAUGAGGUCGGUGAAGUAAGUAACCAGUCAACUCAACUCAAACAGUCGUCUAUUGGCAUUCGUCCAAUGCAAAAAAGAGUUCUAUUAACCAAUCAAACAGACAAGUUUCCAUUUAAGGAAAAACAAUGUUUAGCAUGUCCAGAGCAACAUCGGUUAUCAGUGUGUGAAAGUUUCUCUAAAAUGUCUUUGCCUGAACGCCAAGAUUUAGUGUUUAAAAACAGGUUGUGUUAUAAUUGCCUAUAUCCAGGUCAUCAAGUCCGUCAGUGUCGUGGUGGUAGCUGCAAUAGAUGUGGAAAACGACAUAACACUAAGUUGCAUAGCGAUGCCCCAUUCAACCCUCCUGCUUCAGCGAAUGAACAGUCACCAUCUACACAAAACCAAUCUAUUGUAACGUACGUUGAACAUAGUAACAACAAUUCUACUGCAAUGAAGCAAAUAGUAUUAGCUACUGCACUGAUCAAUUUAACAAAUGCAGCUGGCCACCAAGUUCAGUGUCGUGCCAUCUUAGACUCUGGGUCUCAAGUCUGUCUGAUAACAAAGGAGUGCGCAUCAAGAUUAAACAUUAGUGUUGUUAAAAGCUCACUAUCGAUAGCAGGUAUCGGGUCGGUAUCUGCCAAAACAGGCACAAUGAUAAGUACUACAAUGUGUUCAAGACUCAAUGAUUUUGAAGCAUUCAUUAACUUCCAUGUAAUUGAUUCGAUUACUAACAGCUUGCCCACUCACCGUAUUGACAUGGAACCACUACAUAUUCCACACACUAUUAGUAGCUGUUUAGCCGACCCUCAUUUCAAUGAACCAGCUUCAAUUGAUAUUCUACUUGGUGCAGAGAUAUUCUAUGAAUUGCUAAUUGGUGAAAGUAUGAAGAUUAGUCCACUUGUAACACUUCACAACACCAAUCUUGGUUGGGUUUUUACUGGGUCAACUCAAAUCAAUAAUGUGCAACCACUAUCAAAAAUCUUUCUUCUAUGUCAUAGCAAUCAGUCAGCUAUAGCUCUCAUUGCCCAGUCAUGCUCGAACAACUUAUCAUCUGAGGCAAGGGCUGAAGAUCAUUUUAAAAAUAACGUCUCUCGUGAUGAUCGUGGUCGCUUUGUAGUAAGAUUACCGUUUAUUCGAGAUCCAUCAGUUUUAGGUGACUCAAGAUUCAUGGCACAGCAACGUUUCUACAAUCUAGAACGCAAAUUGUUAAAAAACCCUUCACUUGCUUCAGAUUACAAGGAUUUCAUGAAAGAAGAAUAUGCUAUAGAGAAAGUCCUGCUGAACCAUUGA